UCAAUCUUCUCACUAUUACAACAACUUUAAUUGUGAAAUAAACAAAGAGAAAGGAGGCCACUUUUUUAAAAAAUUAAAAAUUAGAAUAAAUAAAACCCCACCAUUUUCUCCUGCUUCUUCUAUCUCUCUCUCCCCACCACUCUCUCUAGAGUCUUCAUCGUUUCUACUUACAUUAAACAUCUCAUCGUUUCCUUCUCAGAGAAAACUAACUUUUGUAAGUCACAUUACAAAGAAGAUGAUCAACGGUUUGAAAAGAACGUUUUGGAGUUCGAUACAUAAAAAGAAAGAUGAUUCACUUGAUCGGCAAAAACAAUCUACUUCAAGAUUCGGGUUUUUCUCUAACCCGUCUACUCCAAGGUCUGAGACCCGACCCGAUUCAGCCACCUCUUCUUCUACCCUUCGUUGUCAGAGUUGGUCUGCUACUCCUUCUUCACCGUCUCUUCCCGCUAGUCCAAACCUUCAAUGCACAACUUCCGGCGACGUUACUCCGACGAGAAACAGAAGCCCUCUCUCUCUUCUCAGCUUAUCUUCUUCUUCUCCUACACCUUCCUCACCUAAAUCUCCUGCGAGCUUCUCUCUCCUCAAAUCAAAACUCUGUUUCUCCAAAAGUAGUGGCAUUAGCAGCAAAUGUGGGAUUUGUUUACAGAGUGCGAAAGCAGGAAGAGGAACUGCGAUUUUCACGGCGGAGUGUUCCCACACGUUUCAUUUCCCCUGCGUAGCUUCACGAACCGGUGAUCGGAGUUUACUCUCCGACUGCCCUGUUUGUGGUGCCUCCUGGAGAGACACCUCACUUCUCCCUCCUCUGUCUCUCUCUUCCCCUCUCCACGAACUCGACACUGCUCAGAAAUCCCCGAAAUCAGGAUCCGAAUCCGACUCCAGGAUCCGGGAAUCAAAGACCAACAAGUCCUUACGAGUCUACAACGACGACGAGCCUUUGGUUUCGUCUCCAAUCUCUCUUACCGGUGGUUUCAACACCAUACCAGAAUCAGACGAGAAUGAAGACGAAGAAGAUUACGAUAACGGAGAAUUCAAAGGGUUUUACGUCAACACGCCGUCACCGUUAACGACCAAGAAACAGUUGACGGAUUCCGUUACUGGACACGUGGACGUUAAGCUGUCCUCAGAAGCUGCAAUUGUGGCGGUUGGGAGAGGCAGCGAGACUUACUCUGUUCUUAUGAAAAUCAAAUCGCCGCCGUUACCGACGGCGCGUAGAUCUCCGGUGGAUUUAGUAACGGUUCUAGACGUCAGCGGAGGGAACAUUGAGACGGUGAAGCGAUCGAUGAGGCUUGUGAUCUCGUCUCUGCGAGAAACGGAUCGUUUGUCGAUGGUCUCGUUCUCGUCGAGCUCGAAGCGAUUGUCGCCGUUGCGGAGGAUGACGGCGAACGGAAGGAGGCUAUCUAGAAGAAUCGUCGACGAAAUCUCCGGCUACGGCGACGGGAUGAGCGUGAACGAUGCGGUUAAAAAAGCGGCUAAAGUGAUCGAGGAUCGCCGUCAGAAAAAUCUCUUCACCACCAUCUUCGUGUUAACGGACCGUAAAGCCCAUCAGGCCCAACCAGAAUUUGUGACGUCCACGCGCUUCUCUCACCUGGAAAUCCCGACGCACACUAUUUGGCUCGGCGCGUGUAAUCACGAUCUCCAUGAUGACGUGUUUGCGAAACGUGUUAAGAGUCUGUUGAGUUUAUCGGCUCAAGAUCUCACUCUAAACCUCGGAUUCGUUUCUGGGUCGGGUCAAGGAGAGGUGACUUCAGUUUAUUCACUAACGGGUCGACCCGUUUGGCUUGGAUCCGGGAUGAUUCGGUUGGGUGACAUGUACGGCGACGAAGAAAGAGAAGUGUUGGUGGAACUCAAAUCUCCUUCGUCUAAUAGAUCUCAGAGAAUCAUGACCGUCCGAUCUCGCCACGUGGAUCCUACGACUCAGGAGAUCAGAAAUAGUGAAGAUCGUGCGCUCAAGAUGCCGCGUCCCAUCGCCGUUAGAUCAUCAUCUAACUCGAACAUCGCGAGGCUAAGAAACCUCCACGUCAGCACACGAGCCGUAGCCGAGUCUCGGCGGCUGACCGAAGCAAAUGAUCACUCGGGGGCUGAGCGAAUGCUGACGUCAGCUAGAGCAUUGUUGGUGCAAUACGGUUUGAACUCGAACGAGGCGUGCUUACGUGGUUUGGAAGCUGAGCUGGCAGAUUUGAACCGGUUGAGAGGUAGACACGUGGCGGUGAAGAGUCCGGAGCCGGUGGUUCAGAAGAGUGAGCCACUAACACCGACUUCAGCGUGGAGAGCGGCUGAGAGAUUGGCCAAAGUGGCGAUCAUGAGGAAGCAUAUGAAUAGAGUCAGUGACCUCCAUGGAUUCGAAAAUGCUAGAUUUUAGUUCUUUUUUUUUGUUUAUGGAUUUUUUAAAAAACUUUUUUUGUUUUUAUUUUCUAAAUUACGAAGUUUUGUAAUGGUGUGAUACAAAGAAAUACAAUGGUAAAUGUUAAUUUCAA